AUGAAGCUUCCAGAUGGCUAUGUAACUGAACACCACUGGGCAUGGUCGAUGUCAGAUCCGGCGGCACGAUCGCAAGAACCUUCGACGUGGGCGUGGGAAGAGUUGGACGGCACAUAUCUCCUGGGUGACGCCGCGAAAGAAGAAGCUCAUUCCUUGGAGGAAAUACUCAAGGGUAAUAUACUUGCGGGCUCGACAAGGGAAGCGGUAGAUGGUAUGAACAAUGACCUUGGCGUUGGUUCGAACCGCGACAAGUUCGGAGCUACCAGUACGCUCAGCAGAAAGAGUCCAGGUCGGCGAGGCCAGCAAAGCUCUGGGGAUGUUGUGCGGAAGGACAAGGAAUUGACAGUCGAUGCAGACCGCAGCGUCCAAUCGCAGCGGCAGGACUACACUCGCACUGACUCAGAAUCGUCUAUUGAUCAAAGCGAGAAGGAGAGAUGCGACUGCACCGAGUGCAAGUCUCGUCGAUGGCGUGGUGACAGCACUACGCAACAAGGCCAGGGGGUUAGCAUCAGGGAUCGGCUGAAUGGAGUAUCAUUUUGA